AUGGACAUUGUGGGCAAAAUAUUUCAGGGUCAAACUCCUGUGACUGACAUAUCACACGUCGACUUUGGCGGAAAUGAAGCGGAAGAAAUUGAAUGUCUGAAUUACAUUGAAGGAUUGACGCCUGCUACUGAUGAGGCAGAAGGCUUGAAAAUAUCGCGAAUCCGGACGCACAAAAAUUGUCCGGAUAUUACGCUAGCUCGUCUGGCCUAUCGUGGUUGGAUAUCGAUCAGAGGCUUGUAUUCUGUAUGUGCCCCACGGAAUCAACGAAUAUUGGCCAGAGUAGAUGCUGAUUAUCCUAUCAUCAUUGAAAACGUUAUUUCCGCAAAUCAUUUCUUCAUGUGGGAUUUCCAACAGGCACGUACAUACGCAUUCGCUUGGUACAUGGGCCAUUUACAUGUCUUCGAAUGGUUCAGAAUGGGUAAUAUUUGGCGCCCAAUCACUGAUAUCAGUACACCGGAGAAUAACCAUUAUAAAAUUUUAAAUACGUUCUUUUUAAAUCACAAGGUAACCCUGGAUUUUGCCAGUCGCGAUAGACAAGGUGCGUGUUCAUCUGAAAAGAAGGGCAGCUCCGGAAGAUGGGCAAGCUACAUGCGUCGUAAAGACAUAAAAAAUGCAAUCGAGGCUGUACGCAUAUACGACCUCGGUUUCUUUUCCUCGCCCCUUCCCACUGGCAGUCGUGGCCUAUUGGGCUAA